CCCCCCCAUAAUAGAAGCCUCCCCCGUAUUAGAAGUCCCCUCUGGAGGAGUCGAUGUGGAAGGUGUAUUAGAAGCCCAAGGGCUUCUAUUACGUCGGAAAAAUAAUUUAAAUUUUUUUAACGACACAUUUGAUCGACACGCGUUUUUUUACUUUAAUUGUUCUUGUGUGAUGUCGUGUGUAAAAGAAGGAAACGAAUAAAAUUUACAUUUUUUAUCUCGGAAAAGAUUUUUUUCAGAUUAAUUGAGAUUACCGUGAUUAGAAAGAGAACAAGAGCAUCGAAAUUCAAAAUCUCCUUUUUUUUCUGAAAAUUUUUGUACGAAAGUCGUAAUAGUAGCCCCCCCAUAAUACAAGCCCCCCCUAAAAAUUUUGAACGCUUGGACAGUUUAGAAGCCCCGGAGGCUUCUAUUAUGGGGGGGGGGGGUUUAAAUGUGUUGUGUGAAUCCAUUUAGUUCGGACAUUUUAGAAAACAAAAGCACAAGAUCUCUCGUUCGACUCUUAUUCACCAUACUUAUAAAGAAUUGACUUAUAAAAUUCUAUUGUUAUUUGCUCACUGAAACAACACAAAUUCGAUUUCAUCCACUUUGUAUCCUUAGACUAGAAUAAAUCAACUUAGAAUUUCGUCUUUGCUCUCGUUCAUCUAUUAAUAAUUCGAUUUCUUUGAUUGUUUAGAAGAAGAACCAGAUGAUUUUGAUAGGAGAACACCCAAAACCAUUCGCUCAACAACAGUGACAACAAAUGGGACAUUGCCUAACGAUGACUUGACAUGUGGAUUACGUUCAAAAGACUUACGUUCCGUUAUCGAAAAGAAACGUUUAAAUUUUUCUCGUAGUCGAUCGAGUUCAGAUUCUGAAGGUGACGGAAAUGAUAAUGGGAAAAAUAAACAACGUCGCAUAUCUCCAACAAAUAGACCCACUUCCUUUCAAGAUAAUGAUACUCAUACAAAUCAUCCUCAACACCGUGGGCGUUCACUGAGCAAUGUGGAAAAUGUAAUAAACUCUGGUUUGGUAAUAACAUCAACAGAUCAGACAACACCAUCGACAAAUAGUCAAUUUGCGGAUGCAAAACGCCGCAGUUUUUCACGAGCUAGUUCUGUGGCAUCAAAUAAUCGUUUAACGUUAAAUGGUGAUUCUGUUGACGGUUCAAACAAUGAUAAUAACAUGAAUAUUUUAUCAACAUCAAUAUCAACUGAUCGCACACGUAGUCUGAGCAUCGAACAUCGUCUAGCAAAUCCGUCUCAAAUGUCCAUAGCAUCACGAACGUCCGUUCGAUUUUCAACACCACGUGAAUCUACUGUGUUUACUAAAACAGAUGCUCCUCCGGUAAUUCGAUUGUUACAAUCCCAAGCUCACGAUAAUGAGUCAUUGCGUUCAUUCAUUGAACAUCAACGUCAACAAUCUACACCGUCUCAUCAAGAACAUACGCCAAUUAUUGAAGAAGAAGCAACACUAAAGACUAGUGUCGUUGAUAAUACCAUACCAGCAACUACAACAACAACGACAUCGCCAGUAAAUAGCGUUUCACCAACUAUAAAAGUACCCGCCACAAAAAAGAACUCAAAUCAUAAUGGAAGUGGAAAUAGUACUAUUUUGCAUUCGACAAAAUCAAACGCUAUUGUACCAACAACAAUCGUGAACGGACAUAUCAAUAAUAAUCAAGAUCAUUCAUCUUCAUCUUCGUCUCCACAGCAAUCGUCAUCUGUUCUCUGUGCUUUGAGACAGUCAUUAAUCAACCACAAACAUCAUAAUCAACAAAAAUCCGACACGAAUAUUAAACAAUCAUCGAAUGACGGUGAUAAAAUCAAACGUCAUCAUUCAUCCGACUAUAUCACAAGCACAACAAGCACUUUGAACGCGAAAAAAACGUCGCUAAUAAACGACGAUAGUUCAACUAAAAGACGUGUUUGUUGUACAAUUUUAUAG